AUGGAAUUUCCUAAUUUUGGGAAACAUUGUGCUUAUACAGAUUGUAAGCAAUUAGAUUUUUUACCAGUUCACUGUGGGUUAUGCCAAAAAAUAUUUUGUAGUGAUCAUUCAAGACCUGAUAACCAUCAAUGUAUUCCAACUACUGUUGUUGAAGAUACUGGGAUAAAAUUUGAGACAACUUGGUAUAAGUGCACUCAUGAGACUUGUGAUACAAAAAACCCAUGUGAAAUGCUAUGUCCUAAGUGUGACAAACACUAUUGCCUAGCUCAUAGACAUCAUGGUUGUCUUGAUGAACUUCCUGGAUGUGAGCGCAAAAAGAUUUUAAGAGAAGCAGCUAAAAAAUCUAAAAACCAAUUUGCAAUUGUCAAAGAAGAAGCUGACAAAAAGAUUGAAGCUAGUUUAAAACAAGCAGAACUACAGCCUGAAAAAAGAAAAAUGGCUCAACAGAUUAGAUUAAUGAAACUCAAAAGCAAAGCCUUAGGAGAUAAUAAGAUACCAACAAAUGAUAGAGUUUAUUUUUCAGUUCAUCCACCCAUAAAAAAUGAUAAAAGUAUUUCUGCAGUACCUCUAUUUACUAGUAAAAAUUGGACUGUUGGGCGAACUAUUGAUUUAUUUGCAGUUCGUUUAAAAAUUGAAAACCGGAAUGAUAAAAGUAGUGCACCCAAACUUAGGUUAUUCAAACUUUAUGAUGGUUAUCAUAUUUCAGAAACAAUGGACUGUGUGUUUGGACGUAUGAUUACUGAUGGUUUAAUAUUUAAUGGAGAUUCAUUAAUUCUUCAUUAUGUUGAUGUUUCAGUAAGUCCUGUGCAAUUAGAUUCAGAAUCAUUGGAAAAAUAUAAGUUAUCGACUGUGUAAAAAUUUGAAUAAUUUAUUGUUAUAAUAAAAAAUAUUAAUGAUCGCUAAUGUUAUAACUAAUGAAAUAAAAAAUUUUAAUUGUAAAAUAUGUUUUUGAUGUUUUGUUUAGUAUAAUUUAUAAGUGUAAAUAAAAGUUAUUUGCUUAUAUUUAUAUUACUUAUAGUAUAUAUUUGUUAGUAAUUUUUUUUAAGAUUUAUUAAAAAUAAAAGUACUUUAAUAGAUGCAA